CCGGUUUCAAAUCUAUUCUCCCAUUACCCAAAUCUCGCCGAUCGGAAAGUUUCAUUUGUUCUUUCCCUCUGGUUUAAAGUCGGAUCAAUUCUGCUUGUUUUCCUGUACUGGCUCGGUCUCCCGCGUGUUCUCUUAAAUACCCCUCCACGCGACCCACGAUCUUAUCAAUCCAAACCUCGUUUACCCCGCGCUCUUCCGCAAACUGCAUCUCGCACUUCCCGCGUCAGCGCAUUCUAGAUUGGGGCCCUAUCUGAGAGCGAGGCACUCGCAAUCCUUACAGACGAUAUCUUGGUAAUAAAGUGGGAGCCAUCUUUAGGUGCGUGUUGUGACGAUGGGCAAAUCUCAGUCGAAGCUUUCCCCCUCCCAGCUGGACGAGCUCCAGAAAGCGACUCAUUUUGACAAAAAGGAAUUGCAGCAAUGGUAUAAAGGAUUCUUGAAGGACUGCCCCUCGGGGACCUUGACCAAGGAGGAGUUUCAAAAGAUCUACCGACAAUUCUUCCCCUUUGGUGAUCCGUCAUCGUUCGCCAAUUAUGUGUUCCGCGUUUUCGAUUCGGAUAAUAGCGGUAUGAUCGAUUUCAAGGAGUUCAUUUGCGCACUGUCGGUCACAUCUCGGGGUAAGAUGGAGGACAAGUUGGAUUGGGCAUUUCAGUUGUAUGACAUCGAUGGCGAUGGUAAGAUCACGUAUGAUGAGAUGCUCGCCAUCGUGGAGGCAAUCUACAAGAUGGUUGGCUCGAUGGUGAAACUCCCCGAAGACGAGGAUACGCCAGAGAAGCGGGUUCGCAAGAUUUUCCGGAUGAUGGACAAGGAUGAGAAUGGCAGCCUUGACAUGGAGGAGUUCAAGGAGGGCAGUAAGCGCGACGAAACGAUCGUGAGCGCCUUGUCCUUGUACGAUGGAUUAGUAUAAGUGGGUGGUGGUGGUGGUCGCACCUCUAUCCUUCUUCUCCCACGGCCUUUAAGUCUUGUCUCUCGGCGAAUCCCCCCUUUUCUUGGGGGGUUUUCUUCCUCUACUUCCUUUUUGAAAGUAACCUUUCCCGCCCGUCAUGUGUCUAUUAUCUCCUUUCUGGUCUUUUUGCGUCUAGGAUUCCCAUUACUGCUUGCGUUCUUGUCUGCCCAGUGUCCCAUAUCGAUGGGUUUCUGGCUGGACUGCCUCCUUCUGUACUCUUUCCCUCCCGUCCCCAUUGAUUGUUCUAUAUAUGCUUCGCGGGGCGUUGUCUUCGAAAACUUAAAGUUAAACCUGUCCGGUGGCACCUUCGACUUUGAUUGACAUAUCUGUGCGCUUUCACUCUGCAGGAAAAGAGGGGAGAAGGAGUGAGAUGGAUGGAUGGAUGGAUGGAUGAGACUCUUCUUCUACUGAGGUGGACGACUUCUGGAUGACGAUUAUGUUGAUAUGUUGAAAUGUUUGCGGGCAUUUGCAUGACGGAGCCUGUUGCAAUGUAGUUUUUAGACCGAUGUUUGUUUGUUUGUUUGUUAUAUAUUUCUAUGAUACAAAAGACCUCCGGUGUCUGCCUGGUAAGACAGCGCAGUCACGGUACCAUUUUACUUUCUGGUGUCUCCACACUUAAGUCAAACAAUCAUGACUCCACCUUUCUG